AUGGCGGAGGCCGGGCCGCAGCCCCCGGGGGGCGCCCCGAGCCGGCACGAGAAGAGCCUGGGGCUGCUCACCACCAAGUUCGUGUCGCUGCUGCAGGAGGCCAAGGACGGCGUGCUCGACCUCAAGCUGGCAGCAGAUACCUUGGCAGUGCGGCAGAAACGGCGAAUCUAUGACAUCACCAACGUACUGGAGGGCAUUGGGCUCAUUGAGAAGAAAUCCAAGAACAGUAUCCAGUGGAAAGGAGUGGGUCCUGGCUGCAACACUCGUGAGAUAGCCCACAAACUCAUCGAACUGAAGGCAGAGAUUGAAGAGCUGGAGCAGCGGGAGCAGGAGCUGGAGCAGCAGAAGAUGUGGGUCCAACAGAGCAUCAAAAAUGUCACAGAAGAUGUGCAGAAUAAUCGAUUAGCCUAUGUGACCCAUGAAGAUAUCUGCAAGUGCUUCACAGGAGACACCCUCCUGGCAAUUCGAGCUCCAUCAGGCACUCGGUUAGAGGUUCCCAUUCCUGAGGGCCUGAAUGGACAGACAAAAUAUCAGAUCCAUCUGAAAAGCACAAGCGGUCCAAUUGAUGUCCUCCUCGUGAACAAAGAUGCAUGGAGCUCCCCUCCUGUAGUGCUACCUGUCCCUCCCCCUGAAGACCUCAUCCAGUGCCAGCCAGCUGUGCCCUCUAAACCCCCAGUACCACCUCUUGCCCACUUCCAGGAAGCAUCCGUUCCCAGCAGCACACAGCCGUCCACCCCCACACCCACCAGCACUCAGGACCAUAGUCCUGCUACACAGAAAACUACAAGCACAGAAUGCAGCAUCUCAGUAUCAGAGUCCAAGAGCAGCAGCGACUUCGAUCAACUCAGCUCAGUAUCUGCAUCAGCCACUCGGACAGCUGCGUUAGAUACUCAGCCGCUCCAGUCAUCUGCCUCACUGGACAGCAGCUCCAUCCUGCCCAACCCCUCUACCUCCUUUGAGCCAAUCAAACCUGAUCCCACAGAAAUACUGGAACUUCCCAAAGAGCUAUCAGAGAUGUUUGAUCCAACAAGAGAAUGUAUGAACUCUGAACUGCUGGAAGAGCUAAUGUCAUCUGAAGUGUUUGCUCCUUUGCUUCGCCUCUCCCCACCUCCUGGAGACCAUGACUACAUUUACAACCUGGAUGAGAGUGAAGGUGUCUGUGACCUCUUUGAUGUGCCUGUCCUCAACCUCUGACUUGUCAGCAUGGCUGUGGGCCUCAUGAACACAGACUGUUUAUAACUGCCUUUGGAAAGUAUCUAUUUUUGGAUUCCUGUUGUGCUAGUGCUUGAUGAGUGAAUGGUUCGAAGAGAUGCUCUUGUCUGGACUAGAACCAAGGGACACGGACUUGAAGACAGGAGCCUCUCUAGCUUCUCUCUUCCUGUGUUGCACAUGCAAGGUCUUUUGAUUUUCCUCACCCUGCUGCAUAUCUGUCUCUCCACUGGAUCCUGGACCUCACUCCAAAAGGGUCUGUGUUUGAAUCUUCCCAGUACACCUGUAGAGAUUGUCCAUGUGCCUCUCAGAGCUUCCUCAAAUCUACAUGCCUUGUAUUUCCUGCACUCCCAGAGGCACUUUGUAUCUCCUAAGUACCAGCUGCUAUAAGGAGUCUUAAUAGUAUGGUCAGUUCACAAGCCCAGAGGUAGCUAGCUAGAUCUUUUAACUUGAGCAGUCUCGUCCCUUCUGCCCUCUCUGAUUACAGCGGCUGUAAACAGUGACAUCAUGGGAUCUCUAUCUGGUGACUCCAGGUCUACCUAGUUUGUUUUACGAGUAAAAAGCACUUUGUAACUGCCAGCUGUGUUCCUCCUGGGGUCCAGGAGUUGCUCAUGCAUCGCCACUCAGUAAGGUGGUUCCGCAGUCUGACUUGUUAAUGUUGCUGAUGCACAAGCUUAAAGAGUGUCCCGCUCCCUUUUCCUGCAGCUGUGCUGCUUCCACAGGGUUGGAGGAAGGGGUAGUGUUUCUUUAAUCUAACCUAAGAGACGUUUGAAAGGGCAGAUUGCUCCAAACUGCAUCUAAUGUAUUACUAGGUACAUUAGUUUGCUUGUCUGUGAAUAGAUCUGUUCUCCAAGCACUGCACUUGAGGUGUCUAGCAGGCAGCAGAGGUAUAAUGAAUCAGUAAUAAUUUGCCAUGACAAGUUGCAUAUGUGGUGCCCAAGUAUGAGGACAUUGAUCUCCCCUUUCUUUCCAAGGUUGUCCAAGCAGCUGCCUAGUAUUGGACUUCCAGUGUGUUCAGAAUUUACUUUCCUGUGUCCAUAGGCAAUUGCUUUCCAGUCCUGGUCUGGUGGCAGGUUGUUGCCUGGCAUAGUGCUCUCUCUGCAUCACUCACUCCUCCCUACCUUUUCCUUAUUGCUUUUUAAUGGAAGGCCUCCUAUAAUUGUUGACUAUCUGAGGAUAUCGGUCUUUGGACCCUUUUGUAUUUUGUUUGCUGGAGAAGAAAAUCCCUCUCUGGAUUACACAGUCAUGGUAUAUGAUUACCAAGUCUGCACUUGAGAUUCUCUUAAUUUUGCCUGUUUUUUCUACUGUCCCAGUUGUAGCAGCUGUCUUGCUUUCAUUGUUCCACUAUAGAAGUGCUGCUGCCAUAAGCAUACUGGGUAAUACCCUUUAGUAGCUCUCAUCUCCCCUCACAAAAUAACCAGCGUCUUACUGCCACAGUCAGCCAUCUGCCCUGGCUGCCCUGGCUGAUGAGCCCAAUAAGAAGUAGCAAGGUUUCUUUGGUGAUAUUAGACCAGCUAUAUAGUUGGGAGUUGUUAGACAAGCUUUUGGGAGUUAAACACAAACCAUUCUAUUAUCUGAUAUUUAGUAUAAGCUAUCCUGCUUCUUUCCCAGACUUGAAGAAGGGCAGUUUAUGCCCAGAUACUUGUCUAACAUUUCUCUCAAUUAUAUAGUUUGUCCAGUAAAAUAUAGUAUCAACAGAACCUUGUUUCUUAUAUUCCUUGGAUCAUCACGGCCAAAACACCCUACCCCGCUGUAUUAAGUAGAAAAUCUGCAGCUGUUGGAGUUGAACAGCUCCUGCAGCUUGGAGAGGUGAGGGGUGCAUGCUUGGGAUUUCUAUCCACUUGGUGGCAUAUCCAACUGUCCCAGGACUCCUCUAGAACAGAUAGUCGUUUCCAGCUGCAAAUAACUCCACUGAAGCCUUAGAAUCCUGUUUUAGAGAGUCAAACAGUAGUCCCUUACAGAGUGAGAAUUUGAAACCCUGUAGGAGCAGGUGGUGUCAGGAAGGUUUCCUUUUCUAGUUCAUCUGCCAGCUGUGAGCAGUUAGUCCUGGAGAGAGUAAGAGAGAUCAGAAUCCCAUAGGGCCAAUAGGCCUCCAGUUCGCAUGCGCCGGUUCUUUGACCUUUCCGCUUUUUGCAUGGAAGCUACUUUAAAAAAACAAAAUCAAAACAAACAAAAAAAUACACUUGGUGGCCCUGCGUGUGCAUUAGCCUAGACUUCAUGGCCUUUGUGUAGCUAGAGUUCUCUGUACUACCUGAUGCUGUGCUGUCCCUUCAGCUGUUAAUCUCUUGCCAUAAAUUAGACUAUGUUUGGAAAAAAUAUUUAGAGAGAAUUUACCAUAACAAACUUUGAUUCAUAUAUAAAAGAUUAUUUUUAUACUUUUUACAGUAAAAGAUUACCUGUAAUAUUUGUACAGUGUUGUCUGAGUGAAUAAACUAAACUUUUCCAGAGCCUCA